AAUUAUUCAAUUAGUUUGACAAUUUUGACAAGACGCUCUAAUUGACAUUUCUUUUCAUCUUACUUGUCAUUUUUAAUUGUUCAUUAUAAAGAUUGAGAUUCUUUUUUAAUUGUAAUAAUAAAAAUCAUUAUAAUGAAUAACAAACAGUGAUAUGUCAAGGUUCCAGAAGUCAAAGUAAUACUGGUACGUGCAUUAUAAAAAGAAUUCAUUUCUUAAAUAAGAUAAAUAAUAUAUAUCCAAGAUGAUAUCCAAAGUACUCAUGGAGUUACCAACGGUAACAUUUUCACAACCAAAGGAACCAUCUCCACAUGAUAUAAUUGUAAACAAGAAGACGGAUGAAAUAAUACAAACUAGACAACAAAAUACGAAUGUAGAUAGAGCAGCACAAUUAGAGCAAAAUGUGAAAUUUCUACAAGAAGAACAUCAAGCAACUUUGCUUGCUUUACAUCAAGAAGUUGAAAUGUUACGUCAAAGAAAUAGAGAUUUGCAAUUUCAAUUGACUUUUUCAAAAGGAACAACUUGUAUACCUAGCAGUCCUUCUUCCCCUGAAGAUAAUGGAAAUGGGUUCUAUAAAGUAGGUAGUCCAGUAUCCAUGAACGUCACACCUUUGAAGGUUGAACUUUUGGAAAAAGAAUUGCAGGAUGUUAAAGAUUCAUUACAAAGUGUUAAAGCAUACAACAAAGUUUUAACGGAAGUUAUAUUAAAGCAAGAAGAACACGUGGAGGAAUUGGAGAAACAAAAUCCAAAAACAGAUGUGACAAGUGUUGGAAUACAAGUAGGAGACAAAUCAGAACCUGCUCUAGCAGAUGUACUAAUACGUUUGGCAGAUGCACAAGAGGAGAUCCAACAAUUGCGUUGGGAAAAUAGACAUCAACGAAAGGAAAUUGCAACGUUAAAGGCAGUUUCAGCAAACAAUGGAGGUACAAGUGGGGGUGGAUGGGGACGAGAUAGUAAUAAUAGUCAUCAUAGCCGUGUAUCAUCUAUAACUGGAAUACAAGAAUCAACAUCUCACAAAUUUCCACCAUUACAGACACAGAGCUACUCACAUCGCCGAGUUCAGAGCUUUGAUCAUAAUUUUGGUUACUACAGAAACGAAAGAAAUCGAUAUGACAGACUGGAUCAUCACACAGACGCUGAAAAUACUGCAUUGCCACAGCUUCAAAAGACACAGCAAAAAAAUCAUUCAGACGCUUCAAUAUUUGAUUCGUGUCGUCAUCAUCAUUAUCAAAGUUUUUUUUAUAAUUGUAAUCCUGAUUAUUAUAAUCGUAAAUACAGAUGUCAAGAUUCGCAAAAGGAUCGUAGAGAUUCGGAAAAUCGUUAUUACAGGCGUGAUUACAAAGAUAGAAAAUUUAAAGAUCACCAAAGGAGAGAAUGUACAGAUCCUGGAGAAGGUUCAAGAAAUACGGACAGCACUCAUAAUCAAUAAAUUAUUAUAAAUCUGGUGGCUUGCAUUAGCUGCAUUAUAUACGAGUAGUUAUAUCUUUAAGUUAUUUGCCUUAAAGUAUAUAAAAGCAUCUGAAAUUCCAUUAGCAGUAAUAAUAGUUUAUAAAUGCUGAGUGGUUAAUGUUUUCUCAUAGAAAAAAAAAAUAUUAUCAUCUUAAAUAAUUCAGUUAUCUAUGCUUAGAUCAUUAUACAUAGCAUAAUGACGAAUAACAUAUUAAAGCUACAUGAUCUCGAAUGGAACAACUUAGUGUAUACAUUAUUUAAAAAAACAAAA